AAAAAACAUUCAAAGGGCUGUAAGUUUGCCAGCAGCAGCAACUAUGAAGCACAUUGCAUUACUUAUAAUCUGGGUUCUUACCCUCAGUAACUGUUAUGACUCAUCUGCUGGGUGGUCUAGCCAAGACUAUUCACAGUCCUCUUUUGAUCUGGAUCGGGCUGUGCUUACCCAAGUGUUCAGGCGUUCAGUGAGCAGUGACCAAAAGGGAACAGAAAACCAUCAUACCUGCAAAACAUUGGGAAAAGGAGUAUUCAAAAAAUUUAACAAUGAACUUUCCAUUUUUGAUUCAAACUGUGACCUCAUCAUGAGUAAACUGUGCAACCCUGAGCUUGAUUUUUAUGAGGUGCAGUUCCGCCGAGGAUCAGAUAAAAAGCUAGAGCAUAUAUUCAUUAAAAUUGAAACCACCAUCAUUGUUGUGAACAAUGGGGUAAUUAUGGUUAAAAACAAAAGAGUAACUUUGCCAUAUAUUGACAAGGUGGUCAAAAUUUAUAGUAAUGGAAUUAACACCAGAAUUACAAACAAGAAGAAUUCCAUAUCGCUGCUCUGGAAUGGAAACGAUGCAUUGUCGCUAAAACUUCACCCUAGAUACAGUGGACGUGUUUGCGGACUUUGUGGAGAUCUUGAUAAGUCUAAAAACAAUCAACAGACAUUUAAGCCAAUGACUGAAGCCUCUAUUUUGAGUGAGUCUGUCUCAAUCACCAGUUGCCAAGUCAAUAUACCUAAAAUUGAAAAUUGUCCAGGUGCUCAGAAAUGUCUUGAGACCAUCUCAGCGCAUUUUUCUUCUUGUCCAAAUCCUUUCAUUUACGUACAAUUAUGCAAAGCGGUCAGCUGUACUUCUCCAAGAAAUCCUCAGGAUCACUGCCCUGUUUUACAAGAGCUAGCAAAUCAGUGCAAUGCUGAGAACAUUCUGCCCGGUUGGAGGGAAACAUCAGGAUGUGAAAUUCCUAAGUGCCCUGGGAAUCUGACCUACAAUGAUGCUGGUCAACCAAUUAUUCCAACUUGUACAAAUCCAGAUCCACAACAGAUUGACACUCUUGAACAUACUUGUGAAUGUCCAAGUGGCACCAUUCUUGAUAAUAUAAGACGUAAGAAUGAAUGCAUUAAAAGAUCAGAUUGUCCAUGUGAAUAUGAUGAAGAGAUUUAUAAUUCUGGAGCCAACAGAAGCUCUCUUUGUGAAACAUGUACUUGCAGCAGUGGGAUAUGGGUAUGUACUCAAAAGGAGUGCCCCAGGAGAUGCAGAGUGGAGGAAGGAACACAUAUUUCAACAUUUGAUGGGAAAAGCUAUAAUUUGAGAAAAGAUUGCACAUACAUUGCAGUUCAGGGAAUUUCCUGGAGAGUGAUGAUUCAAUUGCAUUUAUGCCACAAAGCAACUGAACAUAUAUGCCUAAGGCAUGUUGGAGUUUACAGGAAUCAGACCUUCUAUGAAUUCAAUAACAAUGGUGACGUUACUUUGGAUAGAGAAGACAUUGCACUUCCGUUGAAAAGGGAUGGAACUAUAAUAUUCAAGCAAUCAUCACAUUUCAUUCAAUUUGAAACAACACACGGGUUGAAAAUGCAAAUACAAAUUUCUCCCAUUAUGCAGCUUUACAUUUCACUGCCGAAUAAUAAAGAUCAAAGUUUAAAAGGUUUGUGUGGCAACUUUAAUGGCAAUGCUGAUGACGACUUUGAGACUCCGCAGAAUAUCGUGGAAAAUUCACAUCUCAUAUUUGCUUCUUCAUGGGCUAUUGACUCUGAAUGCAAGCCUGAUAAGGAAAAGCCAUCAUGCAUCAGUUCAGAAAAUGAAUACUAUGCAAAAGAACGCUGUUCCCUGUUGAAACACGAUGACAAUGUAUUUGCUAAAUGUCAUCCCACAGUAGAUUACACGGAAUACUACCAGAUGUGCAAGAUUUCCACAUGCAACUGCCUGAAUCUUGAUCACUGUAUCUGUGCUGCACUGGGGUCAUAUGUCCAUGCAUGUGCUGCAAGAGAUCUCGUACUGACGGGUUGGACUAGAGGAAUUUGUAAUACAACCUGUGAAAAAAAUCAAAUUUUUGGCAAUGGCAUGACAAGCUGUAACCGUAACUGCAGAUUUCUAUCAAAGGUUGAUUUCACCUGUAAUGUGAAGGAUACUCCUGUUUAUGGCUGUGGCUGUCCUGAGGGCAAGUACAUGAAUGAAAAUGGAUUCUGCGUAGAUCGUGAAGACUGUUCAUGUUAUCACAAGGGUGUGUAUAUUCAACCUGGAGAGAGAGUUGAUAAUUGUUACUGCGAAAGUGGUUCAAUUAUCUGCGAUCCAAUUAGUACAACCACGAUUGCUCCCAAAGUGUGUAAAGGGGGAAAGGAACUUCUUCGUUGCCCUGCUGCUAGAGGUCCAGCUCGCUGUGGAAAGAAAUGCAGAAACUUGCAAUCACCAUGUCCAGACAAAUGUGUACCUGAAUGUAUUUGUCCUGAAGGGAAAGCUGAAGAUGACAAUGGAAACUGUGUUUCCACUGAAAAUUGCCCUUGUUUAGUAGAGGGAAUCAGUUAUGCCAAAGGAAAAGUUAUUGAAAAUGAUUGCAAAAAAUGCACUUGCCAAGGUGGAAGUUGGGAUUGUACUAAGAAGUCAUGUGCAAAGACCUGUCAUGUUUAUGGUGAAGGCCACUACAUAACUUUUGAUGAUCUGCGAUUCAAAUUUGAUGGUAGUUGUGAAUAUAUAUUUGUUGGGGACGUCUGCAAUGGAAAACAUGGAACAUUCCUAAUACUUAUAGAAAGUGUUCCUUGUUGUGAAAAUGGAGUGACAUGUGAAAGAAAGAUUAAAAUUAUUAAUCAGAAAGAAGUAUUAAUUUUGGAAGACGGAAAAGUAAAAGAGGCCAUUGGAAAUUCCAGUUUACGUUGCCUGGAUUCCUAUUCAGUUCACACCAUUGGCCUUUAUUUAAGCAUUACAUUUCCCAAUGGAAUCAAUGUGAUAUGGGACAAACACACAAGGCUUUCAGUCACACUGGAUCAACGCUGGAUGGGCAACGUGUGUGGUCUCUGUGGAAACUUCAAUGAGAAGACUGACGAUGACCAAAGAACAAAAUCUAACUCCAAAGCAAGUAAUUCCAUUGAGUUUGGUAACAGUUGGAAAACUACAGAAUCAUGUCCCAGUUCACUGAAUCAAAGUUUUCCUUGUGAAGACAAUCCAUUUUGUGCUGUAUGGGCAGAAAAGAAAUGUUCCAUUAUUACAAGUGCAGAUGGAGUCUUUCGACAAUGUCACGAUAAGGUUGACCCUGAACCAUACUAUGAAGCUUGUCUUGAAGAAGCGUGUGCAUGUGAUAAGGAGGGGAAGUAUCUGGGUUUUUGUACUGCUGUAGCAGUGUAUGCAGAGGCUUGCAAUCAAGCUGAUGUUUGUAUUCGCUGGAGAACACCUGAACGAUGUCCUGUAUACUGUGACUACUACAAUGGCAACAACGAGUGUACCUGGCACUACCAGCCAUGUGGAACAUUAACAGCUAAAACAUGUUCUGAUCAUUCAGUUCGAAGAAAACUUUCUGCACGUCUUGAAGGCUGCUAUCCAAAGUGCCCUGAGACGGCUCCUUAUCUGGAUGAAAAUAACAUGAAAUGUGUCAAUCUAGAAGAGUGUACCUGUUACUACAAUGGUCAAAUAUAUAAUCCAAAUGAUACCAUAACUGAUUGUGAACACUGUAAAUGCAGCAAAGGAAAGGUCGAAUGUGAAAUUACAACGACACCGCCAACGACAACUACACCAACAACGACAUCAACAACACCAACCACAACACCAACAUCAACUCCAACUACAACAUCAACGACAACAACUACAACAACAUCAACAACACCAACCACAACACCAACAACAACUCCAACAAUGACAUCAACACCAACCACAACACCAACAAUAACUCCAACCACAACACCAACCACAACAUCAACAACAACCACAACAACAACAUCAACACCAACCACAACACCAACAUCAACUCCAACUGCAACAUCAACAACAACAACUACAACAACAACAUCAACAACACCAACCACAACACCAACAACAACUCCAACAACGACAUCAACACCAACCACAACUCCAACAACAACUCCAACAACAGCAUCAACAACAACUCCAACCGCAACACCAACCACAACAUCAACAACAACCACAACAACAUCAACACCAACCACAACACCAACAACAACUCCAACAACGACAUCAACACCAACCACAACUCCAACAACAACUCCAACAACAGCAUCAACAACAACUCCAACCACAACACCAACCACAACAUCAACACCAACCACAACACCAACAACAACUCCAACAACGACAUCAACACCAACCACAACUCCAACAACAACUCCAACAACAGCAUCAACAACAACUCCAACCACAACACCAACCACAACAUCAACAACAACCGCAACAACAUCAACACCAACCACAACACCAACAUCAACUCCAACUGCAACAUCAACAACUACAACAACAGCAUCAACAACACCAACAACACCAACAACUCCAACAACAACAUCAACACCAACCACAACACCAACAUCAACUCCAACUACAACAACAUCAUCAACAACACCAACCACAACACCAACAACUCCAACCACAACACCAACCACAACACCAACAUCAACUCCAACUGCAACAUCAACAACAACUUCAACAACAGCAUCAACACCACCCACAACACCAACAACUCCAACAACAACAUCAACACCAACCACAACACCAACAUCAACUCCAACUGCAACAUCAACAACAACUUCAACAACAGCAUCAACAACACCACCCACAACACCAACAACUCCAACAACAACAUCAACACCAACCACAACACCAACAUCAACUCCAACUACAACAACAAUAUCAACAACACCAACCAUAACACCAACAAUUCCAACAACAACAUCAACACCAACCACAACACCAACAACAUCAACAACCACAACAACAACAUCAACAACAACUCCAACCACAACAUCAACUCCAACCACAACACUAACAACAACUCCAACAACAACAUCAACACCAACCACAACACCAACAUCAACUCCAGCUACAACAACAUCAUCAACAACACCAACCACAACACCAACAACUCCAACCACAAAACCAACCACAACACCAACAUCAACUCCAACUGCAACAUCAACAACAACUUCAACAACAGCAUCAACAACACCACCCACAACACCAACAACUCCAACAACAACAUCAACACCAACCACAACACCAACAUCAACUCCAACUACAACAACAAUAUCAACAACACCAACCAUAACACCAACAAUUCCAACAACAACAUCAACACCAACCACAACACCAACAACAUCAACAACCACAACAACAACAUCAACAACAACUCCAACCACAACAUCAACUCCAACCACAACACUAACAACAACUCCAACAACAACAUCAACACCAACCACAACACCAACAUCAACUCCAGCUACAACAACAUCAUCAACAACACCAACCACAACACCAACAACUCCAACCACAAAACCAACCACAACACCAACAUCAACUCCAACUGCAACAUCAACAACUACAACAACAACAGCAUCAACAACACCACCCACAACACCAACAACUCCAACAACAACAUCAACACCAACCACAACACCAACAACAUCAACAACCACAACAACAACAUCAACAACAACUCCAACCACAACACCAACCACAACAUCAACUCCAACCACAACACCAACAAUAACUCCAACAACAACAUCAACACCAACCACAACACCAACAUCAACUCCAACUACAACAACAACAUCAACAACACCAACCAUAACACCAACAACUCAAACAACAACAUCAACACCAACCACAACACCAACAAUAACACCAACCACAACACCAACAACAUCAACAACCACAACAACAUCAACAACAACUCCAACCACAACACCAACCACAACUCCAACAACAUCAACAACACCAACCACAACUACAACAACAUCAACACCAACUCCAACUCCAACCACAACUCCAACCAUAACACCAACAACAACACCAACCACAACAUCAACAACUACCAUAACUACAACAUCAACACCAACCACAACACCAACAACAACUCCAACCACACCAACUCCAACAACAACUUCAACAACCACAACUCCAACAACAUCAACAACAUCAACACCAACCACAACUCCAACCACAACACCAACAACAACUCCAACCACAACAUCAACAACUACCACAACUACAACAUCAACACCAACUACAACUCCAACCUCAUCACCAACAACUUCAACAACAUCAACAACUCCAACCACAACACCAGCCACAACAUCAACAACUUCAACAAUAUCAACAACUUCAACCACAACAACUCCAACCACAACACCAACUUCAACAAUAUCAACAACUUCAACCACAACACCAACUUCAACAAUAUCAACAACUGCAACCACAACACCAACAACACCAACCACAACAUCAACGACAACCACAACAAUAACAACAACAUCAACACCAACAACAACUCCAACCACAACAUCAACAACACCAACCACAACUUCAACAACUACCACAACUACAACAACACGAACCACAACUCCAACAACAACACCAACAGAAACUCCAACAACGUCAACAACUCCAACCACAACACCAACCACAACAUCAACAACAACCACAACAACAACAUCAACGCCAACCACAACACCAACAACUCCAACCACAACACCAACAACAUCAACACCAACCGCAACACCAACCACAACAUCAACAACCACAACAACAACAUCAACGCCAAUCACAACACCAACAACAACUCCGACCAUAACACCAAUUCCUUGUGCGGGUCAGUGGACAGAAUGGAUAAAUAGAAAUGAACCCAAUAUAAUAAACACAGGAGAUCAUGAAUCACCAGAGGAUGCCUGUGAUCCCAAUGCUAGACCUAGUAACAUACAAUGUCAAAAUGUUAAAUCCCCCAACAAACCAAUCUCUGAAACAAAUAACAAUGUGACAUGUGGCUUGCCAGAAGGACUUACCUGCAUUGCAUCAUUGAAUGAAUUAAUGUGCCCUGACUACAGAAUUAGAGUAUGUUGUGUCUUUAACGGUACAUUUGAAACAACCACAACUGUUUCAACAACAACAACAACAACACCAACAACCACAACACCAACAACCACAACACCAACAACCACAUCUCCAACAACCACAACACCAACAACCACAUCUCCAACAACCACAACUCCAACGGCCAGCUCAACAACUAUUUCAACCACAACUCCAACAACUUCCCCAACAACUACAACAAUCACCACAACUGUUUCAACAACACCAACAACCACAACAACCACAACUCCAACAACCACCUCAACAACUGUUUCUAUCACAACACCAACAAUCACAACAAUCACACCAACCCCUUGUUACUGCCUUACGAACGAAAAACAUGAGUGCACUGGGACCUGGACUGAAGACUGUGCUAUUAAAAGAUGUAAAAAUGGAACAACUGAAAUUGUUAAAGAAUGUGAAACUAAAAAGCCUGUAUGUAAAAACAAUUUAACACCCAUUGAAGUAACAAAUGAAUGUGGCUGCCCAGGCUGGGAAUGUGGAUGUGAAUGCAAGGUGUAUGGUGACCCACAUUAUAUGACCUUCAAUCAGCUUUAUUAUAAUUUUUACAAGGAUUGCACCUAUGUUCUUAUGGAAGAACGGAAACCAAAACACAACUUGCGUGUUCUAGUAGACAAUUUCUACUGCUUUCCUCCUGUACGUUUUUCAUGCCCAAAAAGAUUAAUCAUUUUUUACAAUGAUGUUAAUCUCACCAUUUCAACCCAUGAAGGCAACGUGUUAACGUUUGGCGGAAUUAAAACAGGAAUUCCCCACAAAAGUGAUGGAAUAAAGAUAAAUGAAAUGCCUAAUGGCGGUGUAAAGAUUUACUUCACUGCUAUUCAAACAACAAUUAUUGCUAAGCAGCUUUAUUUUAAGAUAAGUGUGCCAGGAAAACACUUUUUUGAUAAUACCCAAGGACAGUGUGGCACCUGUACAGAUGUUCCUGAUGAUGACUGCAUGAGACCAAAUGGGACAAAGGAGGCUACUGACUGCUGUCCCAUCACAGCAUUAGAUUGGAAAUAUGAUGAUCCCACUAAGCCAGAGUGUAAAACAGCUCCUACAGAUAAAAGUUGCGAUAACCUCCCACCCACACCAACACCCUGCAGUCCCCCUGAACCUUUUUGUGAUACCAUUUCACCAGACGUAUUUAAAAAUUGCACAAUGGACCAGCUUAAGCCUUAUUAUGGAAGUUGUGUAACGGACUUUUGUCUAACAAAAAAUUCAAGUCUUGUCUGCAUUGCCAUAGAAUCUGCUGCUGACCAUUGUAAAGGUGACACAUGUGUUGACUGGAGAUCCAGAGUGGAUGAUGGUGUUUGCGAAAUGGAAUGUAAGGAAAAUUUUAUUUACAAGGCUUGUGCCCGGAAAUCUGAUGAUUAUUGUCAGGAUGGUGUAAUAAUGAAGGGAGAAAAUCUACUUUCUUAUGAAGAAGGCUGUUACUGCCCAGAUGGAAUGAUGAGAUCUGAAGACAAGACAAAAUGUGUUUCAUCAUGUUGUCGGGACAGGGACGGAAAACGAAGACCGAUGAAUGAAGUAUGGAAGUAUGAGAAUGAUAAUUGCACUUUCUACAAUUGCACUGCAAGGGGCAUAGUAGAAACUGUAAAGACAUGUCCCACUACAACUAAUUGCAAAGAGUCUGACAAGAUAUGGGAUGACGACCACUGCUGCCACACGUGUGCUCCAAUAGGUACAUGUAAGCAGAUAACUAAAGCAACCACCAUCACAAAAGUAAUCAACAGUACAACCUAUACAGCAGAAGUUGAAAUGAAUAUCUGUCAAGGGAAUUGCCCUGGUGUAACUGAAUACAACACUAAGACAGACAAAAUUGAACAUCAAUGUGAGUGCUGUCAAGAAACACAGACUGAAUAUAGGAACGUGAAUCUGAUUUCCCAAGAUGGUACAUCAAAAUCUUUGUACAGUUACACCCAUAUUAAGUCUUGUGGCUGUUGGAAGAGCAUCUGUCCUAAGCUGGCUAUCCUUUAAACAACUUUUCUAAAUGAUUAAGUCUAAUGCUAAACCCAAUUUUUUAUUACCUUUUGACAAAAAAAUAUAAUUCAUUACAUUUAGCCAAUCACAUUAUGUUUAGAAAGAAUUGCUUCUAACCGAUUUUCAAAUUGAGACAAAAAUAUCUGUAACGUCAGCUAAUUUGCUGCAUGAUUUUUUAAAAAUUGUACUUAAUUACUAAAGUUUAUCAAUAAAUAACUGCA